ACGAAGAUAGCCUCUUAAUUUGUGACUUGUGAGACCAAUCCAGGGCACAUGGUAUAAUCUUCAUCUCGUCGACUAGUCCCAAUCGAGAAGAAAGUUGACGGAUAAUCAGGCUCUAGCAGCAAUGGCAAUUAAGAAUAAUCUAGAUACGCAAGUGCCAUCUCUCUCUCUCACAACCCUUUAAAAUUCUUUCAUAUUCUUAUUCGUAUAUAUUAGAUGCGCGGCCCGUGCUGCGGCGGAUCGCUCAGUCGCGUUGGCGGCGGCGGCGGCGCGACACCACCUCCGCCCAACUGUCUGCCCCCUCCUGCGGUAGCGCCGUCCCCGCCCAACUGCCUGUCCCGUCCCGCGCCCCCAAACCCGUGCCAGGAUCAUGUGGCUGGGCCUCCAUCCGCACGGACGCAGCCGCAACCGUCUGUCUCGUACUUGAGCAAGUUGCUCGGCAAUAAGGCAUUCAAGGAUACUGCCACUUCCUCAUCCUCCCCACAGGCUGUAGCUGAGACCCCGCCACCGAAGCCAACCAUUUAUGUCAACGACCCUCCUGAUUGGUACUUCAGUAUUUACAUCAGGAUCGAUCGUUCAGGAUUUUUCCACACAUAUCCUCGUCUCGGUGGACCAUUCAAGAGCUUACAUGAAGUUGAAAAGGCUAUUGAGCGCUAUCUUGAUGACAAGCGGCAUAAAACGCUGUGGAACGAGCAAGCUGGGGAUUCUGGAAUGGACAUGGUUAUAAAAAAGGCUCUUUACUGGCCUGAUGGCAGAACAAGGAAAUGUUCAGACAAGGAAGUAGUGGAUCAUACCCGUGAGCAAAUGAGUUUAAUGCUUCAAGCUUUACUGGACAAGUAUAAUGAGGAUCACAAUCUUGUUGGGGAUCUUGCAUAUGAAUUCAAGGAUUUUUUGCACUAUCGAUCAAUUUGUGAAGACUAUAAGUGGUACAAGCAUUUCAAUUUCACUACAAAGACUAAAGAUGGAACUGAGGAUCUUUUCUUUGCUGAAGUGACAGAGGGAACAUGCGAUGAAUUAGUGGCCAACUGUUUCUGCAAGAUUGAAUCCAAUGAAAAUGGCCACUGCUAUGGUUGCAUAAAUCAUGGAAUUACUGAUAUGAAGCACCCCGACAAGGCUGAUGCAUACUCUGGUGGCCACUUGAACGUAUAUUUGCCAUUUGGUGGGUGUAGAAGCCGUCCUAACACGUGGACAGGAUCUAAGGAAGAUGUGACAGCUGAGGAAGCUAGGCUGAGAUACAUCUACGGUAUACAAUGAUUAUUACGAACCGGAUCCUCUAACAUACACAAGAGAUGUUAGAGAAGCUAUAGUAUCCUAACUUUCCUUUUGUUUAUCCAUACAAUUAAGGCUAAAAUAAUUUAAAUUAAUUUUUAAAUUACAGAUCUAAUAUGUACAUUCAUAGUAAUUACAUACAAACAAGUUAAUGGUGAGGUAAAAUUAAUUUUGGAUUUUAUAUCUACAGUAAUUAUCAAAAAUAAAUAACCUGCUAAUAGUCCUUAACAUUUCUUCUUCAUUUUACAUUAGACGAAUACUGUAGCACCGUGACUUCCCUUAUCUAAGUUAGAGGAUCCGGCUCCGGUUAUUACUCCUUUCUCAAGUGUGUGUCUGUGAGCUAGCUUCACUACUAGGUGUGUGCGUGUGUCCACGGCAGCAAGUCUGCUUCACUAGUGUGCACGCUAGUUUUACACUGCAUUUUAUCCAGCAAUAGUUCAUCUCCAGUUCUUGCAUCCUCUUCGGUUGAUUCGCGGACAGUUAUCUAGUCUGUAGUUGGGCUAACAGUUGUUGGAGUUGUGGUGGAAAUAAGCAAAUAUUUUUAUUGUUUGUGGCGUGUAUUAUCGUGCUAGUUCUUGGAGUUGUGUUAUGUGUUUUUUCUUGAAAAUGUUA